CAAAUUUAGCAGUCAUCUUCCAUUAUUCUCUUCUUCUUCUUCUUCUUCUCAUAACUCGCCCAUGGCUUAUUCUUCUGGGAAAGCUCUGAUCGCAGCCUUUUUCCUUAUGGCUCUCACAUUCUCAAUCAUGAUGAUGAGUUCCAGCGUAGAAGCUCGUCGUCUUCUCCAAACAACACAGCCUUCGAUACCAAAUAUGCCUGGAAUUCCAAGUAACUUGCCUAAACCUACAGGAUUGCCACCUUUGCCUUCAAUCCCAAGGAACAUUCCUCCAUUGCCUACAAAUCUCCCAAAUAUGCCAAAACCCAAUGCACUUCCUCCUCUUCGUUCUGUGCCUCAGAUCCCAACAGUCCCACAGGCCACACUCCCUCCAUUGCCUAAUAACAUUCCUUCUAUCCCCACAAUCCCAACUACUAUUCCUUCUUUCCCUUUCUCCUCUCCUCCUCCUUCUAAUUAAUAUCAAAAAGAUGUUCACUUCUUACUGUGUUCACUCCUUGUUCGUUGCUUGACGUGGUCCGCAGUACUUCAGCAGCAUGGCAGAGCAUUUACAUUUAAUACAUAUGUAUUGGCUUAAAUUAGCAUCCUCUUUUAUUUCUGUAUGGUAGGAUUUGUUUUGUGUUUCUAUGUUCGGUGAGAAAUUUAAGGCAUUGUGCUUCUUUUUUAUAUCAUUAAUAUGAGUUUCUUGUUAU